AUGUUUCCGCCAAUCCUCGCUGUCAUCUUAGUGGCCAAAAUCCCCCUGCACGUAACCUGCCUGCCUCCAGGUCACCGGCACGGCGGAAGCGCGACAGGAACUCAAAAUUCCACCACCAAACCAACCACCACCAUCCAUCUCUUCCUUUUUCACUACCUUAGUCACAUCACUCGUUACCACCUUAUCGACAACAUUGUAUUCAACUUCGACUCAAACGGGACACUGCUCUUGCCGGAUUCCCAGAGUUCCACUCUGCCACCCAGUUCCUUCCACCGCUUCACCGACACCCAGUCCCGUCGCGGUCGGUCACAAGGAAAUAUCCGGUUCAGCGUAGUUGCUCCACCGGUCGUUCAUUCCCCGUCUGGUCCUCUCCUCGAUCGCUUGUACGAAUCCGUCUUCGAGUCUCCCUUUUAG